AUGACGUACUUCACGCAUUGCUGCUGCGGGUGCAUGACGGUCCGAACAGGCACCAAAGUGUUGGCCAUCCUCAGUGUUAUCGACUCCCUGAUUGGCAUCAUCAUCUAUGCCACGUUCGCGGUUUACCAGAAGGAGGUCGCAGAGGCCUUUGACGAUUUACCCGACACGAAGAGCUUGGCGGAAGCUGUUUUUGGCGUAUACGUCGCUUACACCGUCAUCUGCGUCAUCGGGCUCAUCGUGUCCAGCCUCUGUGUCAGGGGCGCUUACAUGGAUCAGCGACACUACAUCGUGCCUUACUUAGUGUUUGGAAUCAUGGUCCUCGUGGUCCAGGUAAUCCUUGCCAUCUUGUUGAUCAUCGUCGUCAUCGUAAACCGUGCCACCCAGAUCCUUUGGCUCGUGUGCUUUCUUGUGCUCUGGUUAUGCAUUUGGUGCUACUUCUUCGUGGUGGUGCUGUCCUUUUACAAGCAGCUGGAAAAUGCUGCAAACAACCCGGGCAUUGGCAUGGUGCCUCCGGCUCAGUCUGGCCCUCCUAGCAUCUAUGUGCCACCUCAGAGCUACAGUCCCGCUGCCCCGACACCCCGGUGCUACUCGGACUCCAAGAUGACCCUUGUGUGA